GUACAACAAAAUGGCGGCGCCCAUACCUCUCGGCACCCGGCAUGCGCGGCCACGCCUCCCCGUACAGCAACAUGGCGGCGCCCGGGACGGCGGCGGGAGCGGCCACAGCGACGGCGCUGGUGCAGUAUGUGGUGCUGCGGGGGGACCUGGCCCGCUCGUGGUCGCUGGGUGCAGUGGUGGCCCAGGGGUGCCACGCCGCGCUGGCCGCUGCACACGCGCACUGGCAUCACCCCGACACUCGAGCCUACCUGUCGGCGGGCGGCGCCAUGCGCACCGUAGUGCUGGAGAACCAUGCAGCAAAUCCCUGCCAAGAGCCUUGUGAACAGCAGACGGCACCAUCAGCCAGCGAGCCGGGACUCCCACUUCCAAAGCCGAAGAACACCUGCUGGGGGCUGCCCAAUUCAGGCAUGUAGGAGCCAUUCCUCCUGUUGCCUUCAGCCCAAAGCAAACCACAACUGCCCAGGUGCAAUACAAACCCUCAGGGAAAGCAAGGGUGGGACUAGAAGAACCCCAGCAGCUGUGAUGCUCUUCCCCACCCACUGCUUCAGCACCCAACAUGGCAGAAAACCACCAGCAAGGAGGUACAGCACCCAAGUACCCACCCUUUUCCCUCUCCAAAAUGCUGAAGCACCCCAAAACAUUGUAGGGCUUCAAGGCUGGUUGGGAGGAACGAACAUUGUAGGGUUUGGGGGCUGGUUGAGAGCAACAGACAUUGUGGGGCUUUGGGGCUGGUUGGAAGGAACAAACAUUGUAGGGUUUGAGGGCUGGUUGGGGAGAACAAGCAUUGAAGAGUUUGGGGGCUGGUUGGGAGCAACAGACAAUGUAGGGCAUUUGGGUUGGUUGGGAGGACCCCAAACAUUAUAGGGAUUUUGGGCUGGCUGGAAGGAACAAACAUCGUAAGGCUUUUAAGUUGGCUGGAAGGACCUAAACAUUGUCGAGUUUUGGGGUUGGCUGGGAAGAACAAACAUAGUGGGGCUUUGGGGCUGGUUGAGAGGAACAAACAUUGUAGGGUUUGGGGGCUGGUUGGCAGCAACAGACUUCGUAAGGCAUUUGAGUUGGUUGGGAGAACCCAAGCACUGUAGGGUUUUUGUGCUGACUGGAAGGACCCAAACACUGUAGGACUUUGGGGCCAAUUGGGAGGACCCAAACACUGUAGGGUGUCAGGGCUGGUUGGGAGGACCCAAACGCUGUAGGGUUUUUGUGAUGAUUGGAAGGACUCAAACACUGCAGGGCUUUGGGACUGGUUGGGAGGACCCACCACCUCUGGGUGGUGCCCAGUGACAGGCCCAAAGCACGAUGCUUUAUGGCCAGUACCCUUACCCCACAGUGACCCCUCCAUGGCUGGGCCCCAUCACCCCAGCGCCCAUCAACAGCGCGUUUCUCCAGGGAUGCGUCGGCACAGAGACAACGAAACGUCAGCUGGCAACUCCGGUUCUUUUGUCUUUUUUUUUUUCUUUUUCUUUUUUUCUUUUUUUCUUUUUUUUUUUCGUCAUCUUUAACUCUUGCAAAUGUCAAUCAACAAAGCUACACAUUUGUUUUCCACACACCAGCGCGAUUGGAGAGAGAGAGGGAAGAAAAAACCCAUCGCCCCCCACUCUCAUAAAAGUCAGCAGUGAAUAUUAAAAGCGACCCCCAACUGAAAGAGAAGAAAACAAAUUUAUACAGAGCUCAGAGCUAUUUACAGUGACAGGCUCGAGGGAAAAAAUAAGCUAUCUCCCGACAGAGAAUUCAAUUAUUAUUAUUAUUUUAUUAUUAUUAUUUUAAAUAGUUUAAGCUACCUCAGCUGUUAAACACAAUCAAAGCAGAAAGAACCGACUGCUUAAUUUUAUUUAAUAUUUAAUCAGAAAAUUUUAUCUACAAUAAUUGACAGAGCCCUCCCCCCGUCCUUCCCCCUAAAAAUUAUUGCGCUUUUUUUGCCCCAAACUGUUCUCUUUAUUUUUUUUUUUGGCCUUUUUUUUUUUUUUUCUCUAUUUUUUUUUGCCUAUUAGUUUUUCCCCCAUUGCAAUAUACACAUCGUCGGCCCCCGUUCCUCCGGGCGCCCGAAACCAGCAUAAAACAUGGCAAAAAAAAAACCAACCCAGUGGGUCAAAAUACUCUUUGCUUUCGUAGGUUGCUUCUUUUUUGUUUUUUUUUUUUUUGUUUUUUGUGGGUUUUUUGUUUUUUGUUUUUUUUGUCUUUUUCUUUUCUCUUUUUUUCUUUAAAACCGACAAACUCACGAUUGCUAGAAAAAGCUGAUUGUACGCACAAGCGGGUCGGGGCGGAGGGGAGAGAAG